GCACAUGCAGCAGUACUGGACUACGCUAACGCUACGGCUCGGCCAAACAAGGCAAUGAAAGCAAGCUUAGUUAGGUAAAGGGGUAGGGAAAAAAAAGGGAAAGCCAGCUAGAAAAAAAGAAAGAAAAAUCUACUAGUAAGUACUGCCCUAAUCCCCUUUGGAGUUCGUGUUAUAUCUCGAGCCCCCACCCCGCCGCUCGCUCUCCUCCGCUUGAUUCCAGUGGCCCUGCUGCUUCCCUCGUCGUCGUCCCUCUCGAGAGAGUCGAGAGCAGCACCGGCACACUUCGGACAGGUGAUGACAGUAGCAGCGCUUUUGCCGGACCUCCGGUGGUUUCUCGUGGUAUUUCAGCAGCUGCGUGGUUGCGUUGAGUCGAGUAGGAGGAAUCACCCCCCAUCACCAGUGUGUUCAAGAAGCUUGUGGAGGUGGUGAGCAGUUCCGGUUAGUCUGUCUCGGCUCACUGUAGUGAGGAUCUGCCGACAGUUUCGCUUCACCUACUUCUCCGAUUUCGACUAUGCAGCUGCCACUCCCACCGGCGCUGAAUUCCGCAGAACAAGAUUUGCGUGAUUCUUAUUUAUUAUAUUUGGCUUCGUCUGAUUUGUUGCUUCCCCUUUGCUGUGGACGCAGAGUUGAAGGCUUGGGGGAGUAAAGGUGUGGUCUUGCCAUGGAGCAGCCGCAGCCGCAGCAGCAGAAGGGAGGAGCGGCGUCUGCGCAGGCGGCGGCCGCGAACGGGACCGGGGGCGCCGAGCUGAUCGGCUACGUCGACGUGCACGUGCGGAGCGCGCGGGACAUUCAGAACAUCUGCAUCUACCACAAGCAGGACGUGUACGCGCGGCUCUCGCUGCCGGGGGACGGCGCGCCGGCGGCGUCCACGCAGGUGGUCAACGGAGGGGGCCGCAACCCGGUGUUCGACCAGUCGCUGCGCCUGGGCGUGCGCGCGGGGGACGUCGACGCCGCGCUCCGCUGCGAGGUGUGGAUGCUCAGCCGCGUCAAGAACUACCUGCAGGACCAGCUACUGGGGUUCGCGCUCGUGCCGCUCCCGGAGGUCGUCGCCGCCGACGGCGGCACGCUCGCCCGCGAGUUCCCGCUCACCACCAGCGACCUCUUCCAGACCCCCUCGGGGUUCCUACAGCUCGAGCUCUCCUACAUCGGGGUCGUGCCAGAGGUCGUGCCCAUCUCGCCCACGCCCAAGCCGGCGCUGGCCGACGACCUGGAGGAGGAGGAGCCGGAGAACAACGCCGCUGACGGCGUCGGGAACGGGAAGGAGUACGAGAAGAUCGAGUUCCCCGACCUGAAUCUCGUGGAGGAGAACCAGAUCAUGGUCUCCGAGUACACCAGGCUGCCGUGCGCGGCCGUGGAAACGCAGAGCUCCGACAGCCUCCUCACCUCGGAGCACGGGGACGGCGCCACGACCAUGAGCCACGACGACGGCGUGCGCCUCGUGGAGAGCUUCUCGACGGACAACAGCACCGCUGACUCGGUGGGCGCCGGCUUCCGGAGCGACACGCCGGUCAGCAGCGUGUCCACCACGGAGUCCCCCGCCGCCGCGGCGUUCCCGGCCACCCCUCAGUCCAACUCCAGCUCGGAGCCGUCCGGGAACGCCCACUCGUCGGCUGACCACAAGGAGAAGGCGGCGUCGGAGACCGCUGACGCGGAGGUCGACUCGUCCCGCACCGUCCAGGAGGUCCCGGCGGCGAACUCGCCCGGCGCCGCGUCGGAGGCUGCAGUGGACAAGCCAGUGAUCAGCGUCAGCAUCGAGCAGGAGGUGAAGGUGGACGGGAACCAGAUCAUGGACAUGUACAUGAAGAGCAUGCAGCAAUUCACGGAUUCCCUGGCCAAAAUGAAGCUCCCUGCCCUGGACAUAGACAACGGUAGCAGCGGGAAGAGCAGUCCCGCAGCAGCCACACCUGACUCAAACUCCACUGCUGCCGACUCGAGUGCGGUGAAGAAGCCGGCCGCCGCAGGGCAGCAGGAGAAGCCGUCUCCCAAGGUGUUCUAUGGCAGCCGGGCGUUCUUCUGAUCUCCGAUCUGCUGGAUCGCCGAGUAACGAAGCAAAGAGACGGCAUUUGCAGUCGCCUCAGCUGAAUCUUACUAGCGCAGAGGAAUAACACCUUAUGCUCUUGUUCUAGGUUUGUCAGAUCGGGAAUUAGUUGCUCUGUCUUAAUGUAUCGGUCAGUACUUAUGAAAAAAUGGUUUGGUUUCUCUGUUUUAGUAACGAUAUUUUGCUCA